CAGCAGCAGCCAAGCAUCCAAUUUCCAUUCAUUUUUUUUUUGUUCGUUAAUUUCGCUGUGCACGUGCGUUGAAAACAUUUUCAGCCACAAACUGCGCAAUGGAUCAUCACACAUAUGCAAAAAGUGGCUCCAAAAAGUGGUCUGUGGAGGAGAAGCGUCUGCUUGUCACAAAGCGCAUCGAGGCAGAAGAUUUGUUCGCCAAAUACUCGUCCAAGCAAGCGGAGCCAUGGAAAAAGUUCAAGGACAUGGCCAAAAUUGGCGACUACAGCGAACGGGCGCUGCGCAAACAGUGGCUAAACAUGGUUCAGCGCUAUCGCGUCCAAAAGUCCAAUAUGCAGGCGACGCCGCUGAACAAGCAAUGCAUAGAUGUGCUCAACGAGGAAUGGGAGUUCUUUGGGGAGAUACACGCGUACAUGAACCAAAAGACCACCGACCUGCACUCGUAUGCGCUCAAGGAGCCCAACGUCCAGGAGCACGCGCACAACAACAAUAUGGCCAUUCGUGGCGUUGUCAAUGAUCACAGUUUUGGUACAGCGAUAGCGGCGCCAAACAGCGCUCGCAAACAUAUGCGUUGCCAAUUGCAGUCGGUUGAGGCUGCGGUCGAUGUGGAGCUCGACUAUGCACUUGCUAUGCCAGAUGAGCAGCAGCAGCAGCAGCAGCAGCAGCAGCACGAGGAGCUGGACAAGAGCUGUGAUGCCAUCCUAAUUGGCAAGCAAGUGCGACAGCUGUCAAAUAGGCGCUACGGCGAGAGCUAUCCAUCGGACAUAUACACGGACUCGGAUUCAGAGGAGAGCUCACAGCCCUCCGAUCCGGUGGCCGUUGAGGUGUCCGACUUAUCGGAGGCGGAGUCUAUUUUGGGCUCGCCCUUGCCAGCGAAAUCAGCUUCGGACAUAUGCGAGACAACCGCUGUGGAGCAGUUAACCGCUAACUACGAGUCUGCAUCUGGAUCAGUGCCGCUCGACGAAGGCGAGCGAGCCAAGUCGUCAAGCUGGUCAGGAUCAGCAACGCUGACGGCCAGGCCGUUAUCGUCAAACAGAAAGCGUAAGGCGUUGACCGAAAGGGAAAAAUAUUACAGACAUCGCCGCCGCUACGAGCAUCGCAUGGAGCUGCGUCUCGGCGGCCUCUGCAAAGUGGCCGGCCAGCUGUUGGAGCAGCUGGUGCCUGGCGUGAAUGUGACGCCGCUGCUGAUGAACAUCUACAAUACCGUUGACUACAACUGCAACAGCAGCUGUGACGAUGAUGACAACGACGACGACGACGACAACACCGAUGAGGAUGACAUUGGCCAGCCAUGAGGCGGCUAAGUUAGAAGUUUGGAUGGAAGCUUAAGAUGCUGAACAUCAUGUUCCUUUUAAAAAAUGAAUCAUAUAUUGCUUUAUUUACACACGCACAUACACACACACACACACACACCACACACACACACGAUCCUGGCUGUUAUUUUCGUAAGGCAAACACACACAACACAAGACACAGGCACGACAGGUAAAAACAUGAACUGUAUUUAAAGAAAAGACUUGAAAAGCAUGAAACGCUAUAAGCUCUAGAUAGUUCAAAAUAUGAUCUCCCUAAGAUCAUCAAGAAUUAUUAUAGAUACUCGCGUAUUGUUAUUGAAAGGCAAAUAAAAAAAUAACACACACGAACAUACUAUCAAAAAAUGAAAAUAUAUAUAUACAAAAGUUAUAUAUAUAUAUGUAAUUAUCGGCAACGGAUUGAAAACAGCAGAAAGCAAAAGCGAAAUUAGAUUUUGGAAAGUUGAGGGAUUAAAUUAUUGACUAUUACAAUGUUACCCACAUAAACAAAUGCUAUUCUAUCUCGUUUACAUGUAUAAUAUGCUAUAUAUAUUUGAUCAGACGAUUGGCACAGUUUAAAAGUAGCUUGCAAUUGAAUGAUGUCUGAUCACUUAAAAUUAUAUUUCAUUAAUAUAGUUUUUGAAGCAACAAGCUAACUUUUAAGCAAGCGCACUGGCUGCCAAGGCCUAUAACAUUAUAAAAGAAAAUUAAUAAUCUAGAAUGUAAUUUGAAUCUGAAUUCCUGACUUUAGUUACCCGCAUGAUCGAGUCGUGCGCUGGGCCCAUGAAAUAUGAUAUGUAUUAGGGCUUUAAUUUGUUCUAUAUAAGGCAACCUCAUGGUGGCUACCUAAUAUUAUAUAUAUAUAUACAUAUAUAUCUGUGUAAUUAAAAACGUGUUGAAAAUAUAAACGUCAUUCGGUUUGAAAAA